AUGAUUGUGGACUUCAGGAAGAGCACUGUCCCCCCGCCCCCACCCUCCGUGAUGGACUCCCCCAUCACCUCUGUGGAGUCCUUCCGUUUCCUGGGCACCACCAUCACCCAGGACCUCAAGUGGGAGCCGACCAUCAGCUCCCUCAUCAAGAAGGCCCAGCAGAGGAUGUACUUCCUGCGGCAGCUCAGGAAAGCCAAGCUGCCUGCACAGAUGUUGGUGCAGUUCUACACGGCCAUCAUCGAGUCCAUCCUCACCUCCUCCAUCACCGUGUGGUUCGCUGGAGCCACACGCUCCCCUCCCCGCACGGAGCGUUCCUCCCCUCCCCGCACGGAGCUUUCUCCCCCUCCCCGCACGGGCGUUCUCCCCCUCCCACGCACGGAGCGUUCUCCCCCUCCCCGCACGGUGCGUUCUCCCCCUCCCCGCACGGAGCUUUCUCCCCUCCCGCACGGAGCGUUUCCCCCUCCCGCACGGAGCUUUCUCCCCCUCCCGCCGGAGGUCUCCCCUCCCGCACGGAGCUUCUCCCCUCCCCGCACGGAGCUUUCUCACCUCCCCGCACGGAGCUUUCUCCCCUCCGCACGGAGCUUUCUCCCCUCCCGCCGGAGCUUUCUCCCUCAGCACGGAGCGUUUCCCCCUCCCCGCACGGGCUUUCUCCCCUCCCGCACGGAGCUUUCUCCCCCUCCCGCACGGAGCUUUCUCCCCUCCCGCACGGAGCUUUCUCCCCUCCCGCACGGAGCGUUCCUCCCCUACCCCGCACGGUGCUUUAUCCACCUCCCGCCAACGGAGCGUUCUCCCCCUCCCCGCACGAUCUUUCUCCCCCCCCGACGGAGCUUUCUCCCCCCCCCCGCACGGAGCGUUCUCCCCUCCCGCCGGAGCUUUCUCCCCCUCCCCGCACGGAGCUUUCUCCCCUCCCCGCACGGAGCUUUCUCCCCCUCCGCAGGGCUUUCUCCCCCUCCCCACGUGCUUCUCCCCUCCCCGCACGGAGCUUUCUCCCCCUCCCCGCACGGAGCUUUCUCCCCCUCCCGCACGGAGCGUUCACGUUUCUUAGUCACAUGUCCAGUCCCACCUCAGUCCCACAUCAGUCCCACCUCAGUCCCACCCUCAGAGUCCACUCAGUCCCACUCAGUCCCACCCCUCCAGUCCCACCCCUCAGUCCCACCCUCAGUCCCACCCCUCCAGUUCCCACUCAGUCCCACCUCAGUCCAACCCUCGUCCCCCACCUCAGUCCCACACCUCAGUCCCACCUCAGUCCCCACACCUCAGUCCACCUCAGUCCCACCUCAGUCCACACCUCAGUCCCACCUUCAGUCCCACCCCUCAGUCCCACCUCAGUCCCACCCCUCAGUCCCACCCCUCAGUCCCGACCCCUCAGUUCCCACCCCUCAGUCACACCUUCAGUCCCACCUCAGGUCCACCUCAGUCCCCCUCAGUCCACCCUCGAGUCCACCCUCAGUCCCACCUCGUGUCCCACCUCAGUCCCAACCUCAGUCCCACCUCAGUCCCACCUCAGUCCCACCUCAGUCCCACCUCAGUCCACACCUCCGUCCAACACCUCAUGUCCACCUCUGUCCCACCUCAGUCCCACUCAGACACCCCUCAGUCCCACCCAUAGUCCCACCCUCAGUCCCACCUCAGUCCCACCUCAGUCCCACCCUCAGUCACCUCAGUCCCACUCAGUCCCACCUCGUCCCACCUCAUUCCCACACAUCAAGUCCCACCUCAAUCCACCUCAAAUCCCACACUCAGUCCCACCCAUCUGGUACCACCUCAGUCCCACACCUCAGUCCACACCUCAGUCCCACCUCAGUCCACUCAGUCCGCCACCUCAGUCCCACCUCGUCCCACCUUCAGUCCCACACCUCAGUCCCACACCUCAGGUCCCACUCAAGUCCCCUCAGUUCCACCUCAGUCCCCACUCAGUCCCACCUCAGUCCUCAUCUGUCCCACCCCUCAGUCCCACCCUCCAGUCCCACCUCAGUCCCACCUCAGUCCCACCUCAGUCCCACUAGUCCCACCUCAGUUCACCACACCUCAGUCCCACCUCUGUCCCACCUCAGUCCCACCUCAAUCCACACCUCAGUCCCCACCUCGAUCCACCUUCAGUCCCAACCUCAGCCCACUCUCAGCCCACCACCUUUCCUGGGUCCCCACCUCAGUCCCACCUCAGUCCCACCGCAGUCCCACCUCAGUCCCCACUCAGUCCCACACUCAGUCCCACCUCAGUCCCACUCAGUCCACCUCUUCCCACCACCAUCAGUCCCACCUCAGUCCCACCUCAGUCCCACCUCAGUCCCUCCACACUCAGUCCCACACCUCAGUCCCCACACCUCGAGUCCCACACCUCUGUCCCACACCUCAGUUCCACCUCGUCCCACUCGUCCCACCUCAGUCCCCACACCUCAGUCCCACCUCAGUCCACCUCAGUCCACCUCAGUCCCACCUCAAUCCCACACCUCAGUCCCCCUCAGUCCCACACCUCAGUCCACCUCAUUCCCACCUCAGUCCCACCCUCAGUCCCACCUCAAGUCCCCCUCAGUCCCACCCCAGUCCCACCUCAGUCCCACACCUCAGUCCCACUCAGGUCCCAACCUCAGUCCCACCCCUCAGUCCCACCCCUCAGUCCCACCUCAGGCCCACCUCAGUCCCACUCAGUCCCACUCAGUCCCCUCAGUCCCACCCUCAGUCCACCUCAGUCCCACCUCAGUCCCACACCUCAGUCCCACACCUCAGUCCCACACCUCAGUCCCACACUCAGUCCCACACUCAGUCCCACCUCAGUCCCACCUCAGUCCUCCUCGUCCCACCUCAGUCCCACCUCAGUCCCACCUCAGUCCCACCUCAGUCCCACCUCAGUCCCACCUCAGUCCCAACCUCUGUCCCACCUCAGUCCACACCUCAGUCCCACACCUCAGUCCACCGCUGUUCCACUCAGUCCACCUCAGUCCACCUCAGUCCACACAUUCAGUCCCACACCUCAGUCCCCCCUCAGUCCCACCUCAGUCCCACACCUCAGUCCCACUCAGUCCCACCUCAGUCCCACCUCAGUCCACACCUCAGUCCACCCUCACAGUCCCACACCUUCAGUCCCACCUCAGUCCCACCUCAGUCCCACUCAGUCCCCACUCCGACCCACCUCAGUCCCACACUCAUCCCACACCUCAGUCCCACACCUCAGUCCCACACCUCAGUCCAACACCUCAGUCCCACCUCCAGUCCCACCUCAGUCCCACCUCAGUCCACUCAGUCCCACCUCAGUCCACCUCAGUCCCACCUCUGUCCCACCCAGUCCACCUCAGUCCCACUCAGUCCCACCUCAGUCCCUCACCUCAGUCCCACACAUCAGUCCCACCUCAGUCCCCCUCAGUCCCACCUCAGUCCCACCUCAGUCCCACCUCAUCCCAACCUCAGUCCACACCUCAGUCCCACCUCUGUCCACCUCAGUCCACCUCAGUCGCACCCUCAGUCCCACCUCAGUACCACCUCAGUCCCACACCUCAGUCCACCUCAGUCCCACCUCAGUCCCACCUCAGUCCACACCUCAGUCCACCCUCAGUCCACCCCUCAGUCCCACCUCAGUCCCACCUCAGUCCCACCUCAGUCCCACCUCAGUCCACACUCAGUCCACCUCAGUCCACCUCAGUCCACCUCAGUUCCCACCUCAGUCCCACCCUCAGUCCACCUCAGAUCCCACCUCAGUCCCACUCCGUCCCACCUCAGCCCCCUCAGUCCACCUCAGUCCCACCUCAGUCCCUCUCUGUCCCAACCUCAGUCCCACUCAGUCCCACCUCAGUCCUCCUCAGUCCCACACCUCAGUCCCACACCUCAGUCCACUCAGUCCCACCUCAGUCCACACCUCAGUCCCACCUCAGUCCCACCGCAGUCCCACCUCAGUCCCACCUCAGUCCCACCUCAGUCCCACCCUCAGUCCCACCUCAGUCCCACCUCAGUCCCACACCUCAGUCCCACCCUCAGUCCCCCUCGUCCCACCUCAGUCCCACACCUCAGCCCACAUCAGUCCCACACCUCAGUCCCACCUCAGUCCCACACCUCAGUCCCACCUCAGUCCCACACUCGUCCCACUCAGUCCCACCUCAGUCCCACCUCAGUCCCACCUCCCAGUCCCCCUUGUCCCACCUCAGUCCACCUCAGUCCCACCUCAGUCCAACCUCAGUCCACCUCAUCCCACCUCUAGUCCCACCUCAGUCCCACCUCGUCCCACCUCUGUCCCACACCUCAGUCCCACCUCGUCCCACCUUCAGUCCCACCUCAGUCCCACCUCCGUCCACCUCACUCCCACCUCAGUCCCACCUCAGUCCCACCCCUCGUCCCACCCCUCGAGGCCCACUCAGUCCCACCUCAGUCCCCACACCUCAAGUCCACCUCAGUCCACACUCAGUCCCACCUCAGUCCACCACCUCAGUCCACCUCAGUCCCACCCUCAGUCCCACCUCAGUCCCACCUCUAGUCCCCACCUCAGUCCCACCUCAAGUCCCACCUCAGUCCCACAUCAGUCCCCACUAG